AUGGACACUAUAUCCGCUCUUUCAAUCUCGUACAUGCCAAGUGGCUGGGCCAGUCAAGAUACUCGGGACCAGCAUGCUCUCUUGUGCACAGUCUGGCCCCAGUAUUUGACACUAAAAGAGACCAGCGACAUUAUCCAGCAGUUCAGCGGUCCAGAAUGGGUUCGAGACAAACAGCUGCUUUGGAGCGGUGUAAAAUACACCAAGGUUUCAAAGGCGGCCAACGAACACAACAUGCAGACCUUGCGGAUCGCAAUGGGUCCGCUGAUGGACCCGGAUCACCCGAGUUGUCUUAAAUCGCAGAAAUCGGCAGCGGCAUGGAGUAAAUACAUCAAGGGCGCGUCCCUCAUAUUCGCAUGGCGCAUAUCCCAAGGCGAAGUCGCAACGAUCAUAACGCCCCCGCCGCCUGACUGCUUCCACCCGUCGGAGAUGACGAGCUUGCAAGAUAUAGAGCUUCCUGUUCUUCGCGGCGAUCUUGGAAACCGCCCGAUCCCCAAGAUCUUCCUGUGGCACCCUACAGUCGAAGGGGCACAAUCCUUCAGGUACCAGGUGUGGCCUGACGACCACACACCUUCAUGGUACCAAAUGUUCAAAUCUCGGCCAAAGGACACAAAGACCUGGAGAUUAGUGAGCAAGCACCGAGUGUCCACGAAGUGGGCGGUAAACACAACCGUGCGCCAUCUCAUCAACCUGGAGACGUUCGGAAAGCUCAAACGACUCUCCUCCAACGUUGCCAGAAACUCUGUCAAUGUUCUCGAUAAGCUAGUCCUUCUGCUCAAACUGUGUUUCCACUUGGCGCUACUCCUCGUUAUAAUUCUCCGACUUGUCUUUCAGAUCCUCGUUGCCGAGGAGGCAGCCCCAGACCAGGCCGGAGAAGUCACAAAUGCCUCUUCAAGAGUCAAACAAAACGAGGAAAUUCGGAUUACAUGUGCCUCUAAGAUCAACCAGCCUCCAUCGCUUCCAACCACUGUCAAUAUCUCCGCGGUGACAGUCCCAGGAAACUCCUCCACCAACAGAAUAGCAUCUUCAGGAGUUGAUCAAAACAACAGACUUCCGGCUCUCAAAGUUUCCAAUGCCAAUCAGUCUCCAUUGAUUCUAGCCACCAGCAGUUCCUCCGCGAUUUCGGACCCUGGAAGCUCGUCAGCGCCGGCUGAGGGUAGUAGUUCGUCACCAACGCUGAGCAAGAGAGCAGCGAAAGCGUUGAGAAAGCUACAGAGGGCUGAAGCCGAGGCGCAAGUGCCGAUUUCCAAUGCAAAUGGUAAAAAGACGAAAAAGAAGAGCCCACAGUAG